UUCAGUACUUCAGUACUUUGAUUUUGGUUUGUUAAAAGGGAGGUAAUAGUUCCCAGACUUUUACGGAAUACCUUUGGUUUUAUCAAUGUAUAUUUAGUUCCGGAUAAUACUUCAACUUUGCUGUUGACGUUUGCAAGUCCAACGAAUUUAUUCUUCUGACUGGAAUAUUAGAAGAAUGACACCAACAAUACCGUGAAAUGAACAGAAACAAUAGAAGAAGGAGCAGUGAUCAGUUGAUACUUGAUCAGUUACUGGCAAACAGGACAGUUAUAAAUGAUGGAACGGAAGAUGAAUUGCUUUGCUAUGGUUACUGCUACAGCCGAUGGAGGGUUAUUGUGUUCCCCUUUUUGGUCCUCUUUACUGGUGGAUUUAUUCUAUUAUUGAUGUCAUGGAAACCACAACUUCAAUGUUACCUUAGAAAAAAGAAAUGUUCUUUGCAAUCAGCUGAUCAUAUACUUGUACAGGAUGCUUUCCAUAAUUGUCAUGUCUGUGAAAUAAAAGUUAUAAACUUUGCUGCUGGCAUACCAAGCGAUGUUGGUUUGAGCCAACCAGUGCCACCUGUAGAUGAUACCAGUUCAGAAUCAAGUGAAAGUAGUGAUAAAGCAUUAUUGGUGGAGAAAAGACAGAAAGGAGGUGGCCCUAUUGGUUCAUGGAUUGCUAAAUAUAAUAAAUUUUCUGACAGCCAGUCUUUCGCCAGUUUUAAGAGUGAGAGUGAUUUGAAGUACUUUGAUUAUCAACACAUCAGGUAUAUAUGGGACCAAGGAGCAAGGAACUUCAAUAAAUUGUUAGAUUUGUCGACCAAUGUAUCAUGCAUUUCUAUAACAGAAGAUUUCCAGGGAUUUACAUCAAAAGAACAAGAACAAAAGAGAUUGGUGUAUGGUGACAAUGUUAUAGAUGUAGAUGUGAAAUCCUAUGGUAAACUUUUUAUGGAAGAAGUGAUCAACCCCUUCUACAUCUUCCAAAUUUGCAGUAUUAUAUUAUGGAGUUGUGAUUCGUAUUAUAUAUAUGCUUCAUGCAUAGCCUUCAUCUCACUAGUAUCCAUAGCUGUGUCAUUGUAUGAAACCAAAAGGCAAAGUAUUACCUUACAUAAUAUGGUAGCUUUCUCAACAUCGACAAUCAGUGUAUGUAGAGGGGGAACAGGUAAGGAAUAUGUUCCUGUUAGUCAUUUAGUUCCUGGAGAUCUUAUAUCUAUACCACAUAAUGGUUGUGUCAUGACUUGUGAUGCAGUACUCACAGCAGGGACAUGUAUUGUCAAUGAAAGCAUGCUUACAGGAGAAAGUGUUCCUGUCACUAAAACACAGUUGUCUCAUCAAGAAGACUCAGAAGUAUAUUCUGCCGAUUUACAUAAACGUCACACAUUGUUUUCUGGAACCAAAGUUUUACAGACUAGAUAUUAUGGUCAUGCUAAAGUCACAGCUGUGGUUGUUAGAACAGGUUUUAAAACUGCCAAAGGAGAGUUAGUAAGAGGAAUAUUGUACCCCAAACCUCUAGGAUUUAAAUUUUACCAGGAUGCAAUGAAGUUUGUGUUGUUUCUGAGUGCUAUAGCUUUAAUGGGAAUGACAUAUAGUGUUGUAAUACUUGUCAGAAAAGGAGUUGUGAUACCAAAGAUAAUAUUACGUGCCUUAGACAUUAUAACUGUGAUAGUUCCUCCUGCUUUGCCUGCUGCCAUGACGAUUGGAACAGUUUAUGCUCAAAAUAGAUUGAAAAAGACAGGAAUAUUUUGUAUUAGUCCUCCAAGGAUUAACUUCUGUGGCAGACUUGAUCUGUUCUGUUUUGAUAAGACAGGAACACUUACAGAAGAUGGAUUGGAUAUGUCUGGAGUUUUACCUGUUCAUGAUCAAAGGUUUAUAGGAGUGGUAUACAACCCAGCUGAGCUAGAGAGAAACCAUGUGAUACAAUGUAUGGCUACCUGUCAUUCUCUAACAUUGAUAGAUGGAGAAUUGUCUGGUGAUCCUUUAGACCUUAUCAUGUUUGAAUCCACUAAAUGGAUUUUAGAAGAACCAGGCAGGGAUACCAGUAAGUUUGAUACCAUCAUGCCAACUGUUGUAAAACCAUGUACAAAGGAUACGUUCUUGACUAACGCUAAAGAGUCUGAUUAUGAGAUUGGUAUCAUCCGACAGUUUACAUUUUCCUCGUCUCUACAAAGAAUGAGUGUCAUAACGAGGAAGAUUGACGAUGAUCACAUGGUUCUGUAUUGUAAAGGUGCUCCAGAGAAAGUUACCUCCCUUUGUGAUCCAGAAACAGUUCCUGAUAAUUUUCAUGAAAUAUUACACCAAUACUCAGUGCAAGGCUACAGAAUUAUAGCUCUAGCUUACAGACAAUUAGACCCUAAACUAUCAUGGCAUCAGGCACAGAGAAUAUCAAGAGAUAAAAUGGAGCACAGUUUAACAUUUGCUGGUCUCCUGUUCAUGCAAAACAAACUGAAACAGGAAACCAAACCUGUGAUUGGUAUACUAAAUGCUGCUAACAUCAGGACUGUUAUGAUCACAGGUGAUAUGAUGCAGACCGCUGUGAGUGUGGCUAGGACAUGUGGUAUGAUACCUCCUUGUGAUGACGUUGUUAUAGCUGAUGCUCAUCCACCAGACAGUCGGGGACCAGCUAGGAUAGAAUGGAUACCAUUAGAGAAUCCAGUUCAGGAUAACAUUCCAGAAGGGGAAUCUCAGGGUUACCAGUCAGUAGAUAUGAGAGAAAACCUGGAGAGAACUCACCUGGCUGUUACUGGGAAAUCAUGGAAAGUUAUUACAGAUUACUUCAAAGAUCUUAUACCUAGGAUUUGUGUGAAAGGAUCUGUUUUCUGUAGAAUGUCACCUGACCAGAAAUGUCAACUUAUUGAAAAAAUGCAAGAAAUUGAGUACCAGGUUGGAAUGUGUGGUGAUGGAGCCAAUGAUUGUGAGGCCCUGAAAGCUGCUCAUGCUGGAAUAUCUCUAUCAGAAGCUGAGGCUUCUGUAGCAGCUCCUUUCACAUCACACAUACCAAAUAUAGAAUGUGUAGUUACUGUCAUGAGGGAAGGAAGGUGUGCCUUAGCCACGUCCUUUGGAUGUUUUAAGUACAUGGCAUUAUACAGUUUUAUCCAGUUUAUAUCUGUCUUAAUACUCUACAAUUACUCCUGUAACUUAGCGGACAUGCAGUUCCUAUAUAUAGAUCUAGUCAUAACUACCUCUAUUGCAGUACUCAUGGGAUAUACUGGUGCAUAUAGACAUUUGGUUGCCCAGCAACCACAGAGUAGUCUGAUAGAGUUAUCUAACCUGAUCUCUAUAGUUGGACAAGUAUUGCUAGUACUUUUGUUUCAACUUAGUGCUUUCUUCUUUCUUCAGUCUCAAAAGUGGUACCCAUCUGUGAUGUCGAAGGGAAGUAAGGAUGCUGAUAAUGUAGAUUCAUGGGAAACAACUACAAUAUUUCUCAUUUCCUCCUAUCAGUAUAUAACUGUGGCAUUCUGUUUCUCACAAGGUCCUCCAUUCAGAAAACCUAUAUAUACUAAUUUACCAUACUUGAUAACGUUGAUGCUUUUAUUUUCGUUCUCGACAUUCCUACUAUUGUUACCACAACGACCACUACUGAACUUUUUUUCAGUGAUGCCUCUGGAUGAGAAACCAUUUAUGUUCCGACUGUUUCUAUUUUUAUUUCCUGUUAUCCACUUUAUUUCAUGUGGCAUAUUUGAGUAUGCAAUCACAGACAACAAAAUAACAAAAAAACUGAUACAUAAAAUUAAACCAGAAAAAUUAGGCCCUCUCCAUCAGAAAUCUGUUUUAAAAGAAUUGGAGUUAUCUGAUUGGCCGCCUGUAGGUCAGGUGACUUACAGUGAAGAGGAAGAUGUCUUAAUGCAGAAUAUUCCAGCACUUGCUUUGACUUCUAACUCUAUCAACUAAAAAGAUGAUUGGUUUGAUUACGAUUUAAUCACUGCUGAGCGAUUGAUUUGAUUACGAUUUAAUCACUGCUGAGCGAUUGAUUUGAUUAUGAUUUAAUCACUGCUGAGCGAUUGAUUUGAUUAUGAUUUAAUCACUGCUGAGCGAUUGAUUUGAUUAUGAUUUAAUCACUGCUGAGCAAAUUAAUAGCACAAUAUUAUAAGCAAUUUGUUUUUAAAUUAUCGAAUUUAGUUCAAUAAGUGGGACAUUUCCAGAUUUUUAUACAAAUAUUUAAAUAUUAAUUUCAUUGCGCGAGGACAUUAAUAGCAGAUCAAAGAAUUUGAUAUUUUAAUGGAACAAAUAUCAUCUUGAUUUAAUUUAUUUAUGUCUAAAACAAAGACAAUGUUAUAAUUUGUUUUAUGGUAGUGUAUUAGAGGUGAAAUUACAAUAUUUUAAUGAGUUUUAUAUAAAAAUAAAUC